GCACGGCCAGAACGACUUGGCGCUCAAGGAGCUCAAGCGCUUGUAUCGGCCGUGCAACACGGAGGCGAUUUUGAACGCGAUGAUUGCGGCCCACGAAGAAGAAGUCAAGGAGACCGAGGGUGUCAACGCGUGGGCGGCGCUCUUCUCGAAGAAGUAUCGCAAGCAGCUCAUCAUUGGCAUGGUGCUCUGCUCGGCGCAGCAGCUCUGCGGUAUCAACGCCGUCAUGUACUACUCGUCGUCCAUCUUCUUCAGCGCCGGCGUGACCGACCCGCGCGUCGGCAACACGAUCGUCAACGUCGUGCGCACGACCAUGAUCUUGGUGGCCGCGCGCAUCAUGGACAAGUUCAAGCGCCGCACUUUGCUGCUCAGCUUCAUGACGCUCAUGGCGAUCGCGUCCGUGGGCAUCAUCAUCUCGCUCUUGGUGUCGAGUCCGAUCCUCUCGGUGCUCGCGACCGGUCUCUACGUCGGCGCGUUCUGUCUCUCGAUCGGCCCGAUGGCGUGGAUGGUCACGGGCGAAAUCUUCCCCGACUUUCUUCACGCCAACUCGGGCGCGAUUGGCACGAUGUGCACGUGGGUCGGCAACUUCCUCGUCGGCGUCUUCUACCCGACGAUUUCCAAGGACAACAGCCUCGGCAACUACGCGUUCUUCAUCUUCGUCGCCUUCCUCAUCGCGUACGUUAUCUUUAUCUACUUUGUCGUGCCCGAGACGGCGCACAAGACGUUCGACGAGAUCCAAAAGGAGUUUGACAUCGAGCCGACGCACAAGGACGUCGACGACGAAGAGGCGCCCAAGCAAGACCCGUGGGCCUCGUAAGCUGUGCUUGCUAGAAUAUGUUAUCAACACGACUCUACCUAUUUCCAAGAGUGAUGUGUCGAGGGAUAUCUAUUUUGC